AUGCCACGUGCUAUCAACGACAUUAAGCUUUUCAUCGAACUUGCUCGCCGCAAGGACGCUAAGGCCGCCAGAGUCAAGAAGAACGGCAGCCAGACCAAGUUCAAGGUCCGAUGCCACAGACACUUGUACACCCUCACCCUCAAGGAUUCUGAGAAGGCUGAGAAGCUAAAGCAGAGCUUGCCACCUGGACUUACCGUCACUGAUGUCCCAGCCAAGAAGAAGUAA